AUGCCAGUGAAGACACAAGCUCACUCAAAUGACCUAUCUAAUACUCGAAAAAGCGACUAUGAGAAAGCAACUUUAAUAGAUCUACGAGUGGCUCCUUUUCCCUAUGUACCCGAUUCGGUCGGUGAUCAAUACAAAAGUCUCUUUCAAUUUAUCAUUGAUGAAUUUCAAUCUAUUCAUCCGAAUAUUCGCUUACAUCUGCGACCAUUCAAUAUUAGUGAUGGCUUCUAUGCAAUGUCAACUCUCACUCAAUGGUUAGGAAGUAAUGGUCCUGAAUAUGACGUAGUGGAAGUCGAUACUGUCAUGUUAGGCGACCUGGUUAAUGCUGGUCUAAUAGCACCACAACGUCCCACGUUAAAGCAAGUCUUUGAUUGGCAUUCCGCUGCUGCUACUUCUAUUGAAUUUAAUCAGGCGGCCUAUGCUUAUCCUCAUCUAAUGUGUGCUACGUUUCUCUUUACACGUGACGACAAGACUGCCCAAGUGAGCACGAUUGAUCAGUUAAUCGAUGUAUUAGGUAGUAAAGCCACUGUAAAUUAUCGUCUAGUGGGAAAUUUAGAUUCAAGUUGGGUAUUGCCUUCUCGAUUAAUACAUUGUUUUCAAGAUAGUAACGAUCCACAAUCGAACAAUGCGGCAUUUGCUCUUCACGGUUAUGAACACAGUUCCUUCGAAUGUGUGCGCAAACUAGCUCGACUUUGUGAUCGAAUAAGAGGAGAAAAUCAUUGCCUUGAUGGAACAUUCGAUCAAAAUUCAGAUAUGCCAGCCUUGUUAUUUGCUAACAAGCAAGCCGAUAGUAUGUUCGCAUAUUCUGAACAACUGUCUACUAUUCUCAAAAAUGGAGCUCAUGAUGACUAUAACAAGAUCAAACUGAUUCCAUUUCCUGCUGGUACAUUGCACAAUCAACCGUUAUUUGCUGUCGAUGCUUAUGUAUUCCGACGAAAUAUGUCUGACGACGUGCUUAAUGCUGCACAAGCAUUUGUCGAAUUCAUGGCUACACCUCGUAUGCAGGCAGCUGUGGUUGCUACUGGUGAUGAUACUAAUGGUUCUUCUGUACCUCGUUAUCUACUUCCGAUAUCAAAAAAGGCCUAUGACGAAUCACUAUUGAUACACAAUCGAUUUUACCAAGAUUUUUUCCGAAAUUUAACUGGAUAUCCUCUUCCUAACACUGGCUUUUUCAAUACACGGAAAGAAAUACAAAGAACUUUAUUGAACUAUAUUCAGUGA